GAAUAAAGACGCAGACGAUUUGCUAGUUUUUUGUAUCCCCCAAGCGUUUGUUAUAGAAAACGAGUUUUGUGUGUAGUCUACACGCCUACAAAACAGAAAAAAAAAUGCACUGGCUUGGCUGCUUGGCUCUAUUUGCCACUUUGGCAUUGGCCAAGAGAAUAGAUGACACACAUCCCCACUGGAAGAAGGUGAAGGCUGGACACACCUCAAAUACCAAUGAGCUUGAGCCAGGCCAUUGGUUUGGCAAUGCUCAAAGUUACAUUGAACAAAAGUUACAGCAACAACAAAAUCUAAAUGUGAAUAAGGCCAAAAAUGUGAUACUAUUUUUGGGAGAUGGCAUGUCGGUGCAGACGGUGACAGCAGUGCGUUCCUUCAUUAGAGAUGCCUCCGAGCAGGUGGCCUUUGAAAAGUUUCCCUAUGUGGGUUUGUCGAAAACUUUUUGUGUGGAUAAACAAGUGCCGGAUUCGGCCUCAACGGCAACAGGCUACCUAACAGGAGUCAAGGGUAACUAUGGCACCAUUGGCGUCAAUGCCCAAGUUCCCCGCUACGAUUGUGAUUUGGGUCAGGAUGAGUCUUUGCAUACGCAGAGCAUAGCCAAAUGGGCUCAGGAUUCGGGAAAAUGGGCUGGUUUGGUGACCACCGCCAGAGUGACACAUGCCUCUCCUGCGGGGGUAUAUGCUCACACGGCACAAAGAGAAUGGGAAAAUGAUGCCAAGAUCAAGGAAAACGAAUGUGAUGCAGACUUAAAUGUGGACAUAGCAAGACAAUUGGUGGAAUGGCCAGUGGGCUCAGAGUUACGUGUCAUUAUGGGUGGGGGAAGAAGAAAUUUCCUUAAUGAAACCGUUUUCGAUGAGACUGAUGUUCCCGGCCAUCGUCAAGAUGGUCGCAAUCUCAUUGAGGAAUGGAAGGCUCUUAAGAAGGCCCAGCAGAAGAAGGCCUCUUAUGUUUGGAAUAAAAAGGAUUUGCUAAGCCUAGGAGAUUUCAAAAAUACGGAUUAUGUCUUAGGGCUAUUCGCCUCUUCACAUUGCCCUUAUCAUGGGGAUUUGGAGCGACAAGACCUAAAGGAUGAUGUACCUUCACUUAGUGAAAUGACCGAGGCUGCCCUUAAGGUGCUGCAAAAGUCUCCCGAAGGAUUUUUCCUAUUUGUGGAGGGAGCCAAAAUUGAUAUGGCCCAUCAUGACACCAGAGCAAGAAGAAGUUUGGAGGAAACUGAAGAAUUUAUAAAUGCAGUGGAAAAGGCUUUGGCAAUGACCUCCUCCGAGGACACUCUGAUAGUGGUGACUUCGGAUCAUUCACAUACCAUGACCAUAAAUGGUUAUGCGUCUCGUGAUUCCGAUAUCUUGGGCUUGAACGAUGAACUCGCCGAUGAUGGUUUACCCUAUACCAUACUUUCGUAUGCCAAUGGCCCCGGUUAUGAGAAAACCUUCUCGGACAAAAAAGGUAGAAAAGAUCUCUCCGAUAAGGAUUUCACUGACCCCAAGAAAAAAUAUAUGGCCACAGUGCCUUUGGAAUCGGAAACUCAUGGCGCUGAUGAUGUGGCCAUUUUUGCCAAAGGACCCUUUGCCCAUUAUUUCAGUGGCAAUUAUUUGCAGACAAAUAUACCCAUGCUUAUGGCCAGAGCUGCACAAAUAGGACCAUAUGCCCACAAGUAGACACCUAAAGAUAUGGGGAGUGUCAUCCUGUGAUAUAUUUAUGUAUGAAAUAUUAAAGAAUUUUUUACCAAACA